AUGGAUUCCCAACACCUCCCUCGGACAAAGUCCAUUCUCGUGAUAGGUUUCGGGGAACUCGGCUCGGCCAUCCUUCACGCCCUGCAAUCCCACCGCCUUUACAGCCCCGAGGAGAAUAGCAUAAGUGUGUUGGUACGGCCCUCCACGCUCUCCAGCCCGUCGCCUCAGAAGGCACGCCAGCUAGACAAGUUUCAAGCCGAGGGCAUCACAUUGGUGCCAGGGGAUAUCGAAGGCUCCGAGGAUGGACUAGUCACAUUACUCAAGUCAUAUACAUCCGUCAUCCAUGCAGGCGGGAUGAAUUUACCGGCCGGAUCGCUACUCAAAUUGACUCGCGCCGUUCUUGCAGCCGGAGUUCAGUACUAUAUACCUUGGCAGCACGGGGUCGACUACGAUGUCAUCGGGCGGGAAGGCGGACAAGGCAUGUUUUCCGAGCAAAUCGACGUGCGGGAUUGUCUUCGCGCUCAGAAUUCGACGGCCUGGGUCGUGAUCAGCUGUGGCAUCUUCACGAGUUUCCUGUUCGAGGACUUCUGGGGCGUGGUCAAGAAUCUCCCGGACAACAAGGUCCAAGUGACUGCGUUGAAUUCAUGGCAAAACGUGGUGACCACAACUGCAGCCGAAGAUAUUGCGACCUGUACGGCAGAGUUGCUGCUUUGUGCCGAUACACCCGUCAAUGGGCCAGUGUACAUCGCUGGGGAUACUUUGACCUACGAAGAAUUUGCAGAUGUGGUGGGACAAUCACUAAGGCGAGAAGUCGUCAAGAAGGUCUGGCCACUGGAAUAUCUAAGGGAGGAGAGCUUGAAGGACCCAGGAGAUAAGUUGAAGCGGUAUAGGGUCGUCUUUGCAGAAGGCAAGGGCCUGAGUUGGCCUAAGGAGACAACGUGGAAUGCUCAACGUGGGUUGAAGCUGAUGGGUGUGGAGGAUUGGAUUCGAAAGAAUCUAGCAUGA